AACAGGUAGGUGCGUWGCGUGAGCUUUUCCGUUUAAAGGGCAAAGUUGUUACUGCAGGUUGUCACUACUAUUGUGUGCUCCCAAGACAACAUGGAUUUCGAUUUGGCUUCAGCUGUAGGUAAAGAUGAUCAGGUGAAAAAGGAUGAUGCCUCUGGCCAGGAACAGAACGCCCUCUUUGGAUGGGGGAAGAAGAAGGACAAAGAUGGGGARAAGGACAAGAGUGCAUCCAAGGACAAAGACAAAUCAAAGGACCGCAAGGACAGUGACAAAUCGAAGGACCAUAAGGAGGACAAAGACAAGUCUAAGGAACAUAAGGACAAGAAACAUGGUGACAAGAAGGACACCGGUCAUAAGAAGAAAGACAAGAAGCCCAAAGAGCAUAAGAACAAAGAUGAUGGGCAUGGGUCUUCUUCUUCCUCGUCCAGCAGCGAUGAGGAUGAAGGCAAGAAGAAGCAUCACUAAUUAUGUUGCUGUGAGGAGGUGCUACUGCCAGUUAACCCUGAUCUCAAUGUUUUCUACUGCAGUGUUGUUGCAUGAUAUUUACUGUGUACCGUUCCUUGUUGUUCCUGAUUUAUAUUUUGAUGUGCCAGACUGUAAAGUAGUGUGUCUUACAACCGAACAUUAAAAAACACGACAACCAGGA